AUGCAAAAGUUGGAAUGGGACGACUUGGGAGUGAAGUUUGAUGGUCGGCAGCUGCACCAUUUGCACUUCGCUGAUGACAUCGUACUGAUAACACCUAGCAUCAGCCAUGCGGAACCAAUGCUUACCGAAGUCGACGAAACAUGUGGAUGUAUCGGUCUUCAGCUGAAUCUGCAAAAGACGAUGUUCAUGCGCAACGGAUGGGUCUCGGAUGCCCCAAUCACGCUCAACGGAACGAACAUAUCCGAAUGCACCAGCUACAUUUAUUUGGGUCGGGAAUUGAACAUGAUGAACGACUUGACCCUCGAGCUGGGCAGGAGGAAACGAGCGUACAAGAGCAUCGAGGAUGUAGUGAAGAAGACCAGGAACACGCGGCUCCGUGCUCAUCUCUUCAACACCAACACUCUUCCUGCUUUGACUUAUGCUUCGGAAACCUGGGCAUUUCGCAAGCAGAAAGAAAACGCGGUGAGCGUCAUUGAACGCGCAAUUGAGAAAGUGAUGCUAGGAGUAUCCCGUUUCACGCAAUUGAGGGACGGGAUUCGAAGUUCUCUCCUACGUCAGCUAUCAAAGAUUAGAGACGCUGUUACGUUUGCCAAGGAAACUUAA